AUGGCGUCCAAGCUAAAGAUCGACCCGCCCCUUCUCAACUCAGCUUGCCCAUGGGCCACGACCCUCGAGGAUAUCAAAGCUCUUUACGACUCUCCACACACCGGCGCCGUGACCAUCCGCACCAGUCUCCUCGAGGGCUUCUCCCACGACGACUCGAUCCACCAAUACCUCUUCUUCACACCAGGCAAGACCGUCCCCUCCAAAACACCCAAGGGCGAAGACUCGAAACCGACCUCAAAAUCAGCACCAUCCGAACCAGUAUCCACGCUCAACACACUAGGCUACUCACCACUCACGUUGUCGGAGUACCUAGGCAUCAUCAACGAGAUCGUCGGCCAACGACACCUCGGCACCGAUACGCCCACCAAAAAGCCCUUUAUCCUCAGCGUGGCCGGUACGCCUGACGAAAUCGCCAUGGCCUACGCCCUGAUCACCAACGCCGCCGAAAUGGACGAGGACCUCCGCCUCGCAAUGGAAGUCAACCUGUCGUGCCCGAACCUCAAAGACGCCCCACCCCCAGCAUACGACCCCGCCCAACUCGCCGAGUACAUGGAAGCCAUUAGCGACUCCAAAUCCACGUAUCGAGGACGCAUGGCUGGACCCGAGUCCGUGCCCAAAGUCGGCGUCAAGCUUCCUCCGUACACGUACUUGUCACAAUUCGAAAACGUCGUCGCAGCCAUGCGCAAAGCCAUUUCCACGGAGCCCGGCGAAGGCUGCGUGCUCGACUUCAUCACCUGUACCAACACGCUGGGCUCGUCCUUGCUGCUCGAUUCGGACCUGAACCCAGUCCUGAGCAGUGAAUCCGGCACGGGCAUAGGUGGCCUGGCCGGCGCGGCUCUUCACCCUUUGGCUCUCGGCAACGUCGCCACCUUUCGUCGCCUGCUGGACCAGCAUGAUGAGACAAAGGGCGUGGCAAUCAUUGGUGUAGGCGGUGUCGAGGAUAAGGCUGGCUUCGAGAGGAUGCGGAAGGUGGGUGCCCAGGCUGUUGCUUGUGCUAGCGCCCUAGGACGAUAUGGUGUGGUCGUGUUUGAGAGGAUCACAAAGGGAGACUGA